UUUAAAAGAACCUGAUACACAAAAAAAUUGACCAAUUAUUGGUCAAUAUUAACAAUAAUUAUAUUAUUUUCUUACUCUCUAAUUCUCUGAUGGCAAACUAGUAUAUAGAGACGAGCUUCGUUGCUCAAAUCAUUUCCUCUCUCUCUUCAAAACCUCUCUCUCUCUCUCUCUUCAAAACCCCUUUUAUUCACUCUUCAGAAACCCUUUUCUCUUUUCUCUUCGCUUUACAUGACUUUGAUUGUUUCUCAGAAACUUUAUCAGGAUAAAAUGGAUUACGAUGCAUCAAGAAUCGGUGAGAUAGUAGAAGAUGAAGAGCAAAUUGAUCUGCCACCUGGCUUCAGAUUUCACCCUACUGAUGAAGAACUCAUAACUCACUAUCUCAAACCAAAGGUCUUCAACACUUUCUUCUCUGCCACCGCGAUUGGCGAAGUUGAUCUCAACAAGAUCGAGCCUUGGGAGUUACCAAGGAAAGCUAAGAUAGGGGAGAAAGAAUGGUAUUUCUUUUGUGUGCGAGACCGGAAAUACCCAACCGGUUUAAGGACAAACCGGGCAACUGAAGCCGGUUACUGGAAAGCCACGGGCAAAGAUAAAGGUAUUUUCAAGGGGAAAUCACUUGUGGGUAUGAAGAAGACUCUGGUUUUCUACAAAGGAAGAGCCCCUAAAGGAGUAAGAACCAACUGGGUUAUGCAUGAAUAUCGAUUAGAAGGCAUAUAUUCUAUCCAACAUCGUACCCAAACAGCUAAGAACGAUUGGGUUAUUUGCCGUGUUUUCCAUAAACGUGCCGAUGGUACAAAGGUUGAUAAGUCCCAUUUAAUGUUGCUUGAUUCACACAUUAACCGGAUUGAACCGAUCGGAUUACCUUCGUUGAUGGAUUGUUCUCAACACGAUUCCUUCCCUGGUUCGUCUACUCACGUGACCUGCUUCUCCGACCAAGAAACCGAAGACAAGAGACUCAUUCAUCACGAGUCCGAAGACGGUUCUGGUCCUCUGUUUUACCCUGAUCCUCUGUUUCUGCAAGACAAUGAUUCGCCAAUGAAACUGUUGCUUAACAGUCACGAAACCCAGUUCCCCGGUACUGACCCCUCUGGUUUAGCCGGUAUGGGAGAAUUGUGUUGCUUUUGGAAUUUCUGAGGUGUAAUAUAUGUUGUAGACUUGUAAUUCAUGUGUUUAUGUGAGUUAUGAAGAUUCUUGUUACAUUUUUUGUUUAAAAAAAAAGAAGAAGUCAAUUUCUUUUGCGA